AUGGCGACUCAUCACAAAGAACUCGACAAAGAGUCACACCGCCUCCCGGCCCUCCAUGCUAACGGCGUAUGCGUCACGGGCUACGCCGCUAUCGCAUCUCAUCUCGCCUCCCUCUCCCCGCACUCCCCCUCAUGGGACCUGGAUCUGGACUCGCGCCUCACUGCCUCGCAGCGCGCAGACACCCUCGCCUACGGCGCCUACGUCGACGCCCAGCUCGCGCCCCUCCUCGACGCCGCUCUCUAUGGUACCCACGAGAACUGGGCCGCCGUCACCCGACCUGCACUGAGCCACCUCCUCGGGUUCCCCCUGAGUUGGACCGUCCCCGUCAUGCUCCGUAACCAGGCCGUGGCGCGGUGCGCGCACCUCGGGCUCGAAUCGCUGGGCGCCGAGGAUGAGGAGUCGGGAGGUGAUGCGCAGGGCAGCGCGCUGGACCGCGCGAUGAAGCAUCUUCCUGUCUCGAGCAGGAAGAGCGUGCUGGAGGAGAUGAAGGUCGGCACCGCCCGAGGGAUCAGGCUGCAUGCCAUGACCGUCGACGCCCUCUCGCCGCUGGAGGAGCUUCGCGCCCGAGGCGAGGAGACGCCGGGGGAGAAGAAGCGCUUCUUCGGUGGCGAGGUGGCGACGUCUCUCGACUGCCUUGUCGUCGGGUACCUUGCUCUCAUCCAAGAGGUCGAGCUUCCCCAGUCCUGGCUCCGUACGAUUCUCGCAAAGAAGUUCCCGCACCUGAGCGCCAUGGCCGCAGACCUCCGUGACGAGUGCCUCACGAGCCCCGGCGCCCUGCCCUGGGUUGCGGCACCCUCGUCGGCUCUCCGCACGGCGGCCCGCUUCCUCGACAACGUUGUGCAGGCGACACCGAACCUGGGCGAGGCGUACGUUCACGAGUGGCGGCGGCGUGCAGAGGCGAAGGCGAAGGGUGUCGCGGACCGGAGGACGCUUGCUCUCGCUGGUGGGGUGUUGGCGGCCGGCACCGCGAUCGCGUAUGGGGUAUGGACGUAUCGCAGUCUCCCGCCCUGGGGUAUGCGGACGCAGACUUGGAUGGCGGAGAAGAGAGGCCUAAACAAGUUCGGUGAUCUGGGUGCCAUGCUAGACUUCUCGCUGGGACUUGCGGAUCCAGCGCCGCAGGCAAGUCCGUCUGCUGGAUGGGGCGGGGGCUUCGGUACGGAGCACAGAGUGGUUGAGUCUGAACUGGCUGUCGACUAG